CCACCCUUUGGUGUCUUCCUUGUCGCAGGGUGUGGCGCCGACGUGGUGAUUAAUCUCUUAUUGCUACUUCUCGGUUUCCUCCCCGGGUACCUGCACGCCUUCUACAUCGAGUAUACAUACUGCCAACGCCGUGACAUGGCUGCCCGAGGGCGCUUCUUUAAAUUCAGAGCCCCGUGUAUUUACAGUCGGCGCGUACAAUGCGGUGGUCGCAGGUAUAGAACAGUCGCCCAGCAUAUUUAG